ACUUCCUUACAUUUUUCACCUGUGCUUUAAUGCAUACCACAAACAGAUUCUUGCAACAGUUGGGUGUAAUAAACAAGGCCCUUGUCAGAAUUGGUAGCUGAUUAGAGCAGCGAUAGUUGUUUGCCUGUUCUGGCCUGUUAUGCAACAAUGUGAGGAAUGCCAGGUUUGUUUUCUGGAUCGAAAAUGUUUUGUGGUGCAUUCCAUACUGUUAAAAGUCAGCAUUUUUCUCACUGUCAAGUUGGCUGAACAGCACAGAAGAUAUUUUGAAUAAUGUUGUUUCCACCACUGUGGAAGUCAACUGUUCAGUUACCAACAUUCUUCAAAAUAUCUUCUUUUAUGUUCAGUAUAAGAAAGAAGCUCACAAAGACCUCCAGGAAAACUGGAGGGUGAGUAAAUGAUGACAGAAAUGUCUUUUUUUCCUCCAUUGUGUUUCCAUUGAGAUUUGUUUGCCUCUAAAGGUCACUAGGUUUAAAAGUGGGUCGAUGAGUUUCUGUGACAGAGGUGGGUUUCUUCUUUAAGUGCUCACGAUCACAUGUAGAUUUCAGGAAACAAAUCAUAUGCCAUAUUUGUUUUAGAGGUUUGUGUGGUGCCUUUGUAGUUUUUUUUAUUAGAUAUGUUCAUACACAAAGCCAUGAUUAAACAGAGCAGCAUAUAAUAUCUUGAAUGUAAUGAAGAUGAGCCAUUCAGGUCACAAGCAUACAGGUUUUCUACACGUUUUCCCAUGCUUCACCCAUUUUAAUGCUCUCUCAAUUCCAUUAGUCGUUGUGAAGCGGCAGAUCCUGCUUAGUGGCAUUCCAGUUAAUGCUGCUGAAGUUUGUAUUACUACACUUUAUCUGUGGACAUGGGAGUGAGCACUUCUGCCUGAACUGUUAGGGAAACGAUUUGGAAGCAAGGAAGUUUAACCUAUAAUAGGGUUUUUUUGUUUGAGUAUUUUUGAAAUUUUUUAUAAUUACUAUGUGGAGCUCGCUGUCUGCCGUUGUGUAGUUCCUGGAAGAGUCAGGUAGUUUGGGAGAGUUUUUGUGAGAAACUCAGAGCAAGCGCUGAAGAUUGAGGUGACUGUCGACGUCUUCCGGAUUUGCUAAGAUGCCUAUUCCUCCUCCUCCCCCUCCACCUGGACCUCCACCGCCCCCCAGCUCUAGCCAGGCAAACAACACACCUCCAAAACUAAGUCGAGAUAAUGCUAAAGGAAGAGGAGCUCUGCUGUCAGACAUCUGCAAAGGCACUAAACUGAAGAAGGCCAGUGGGGUCAAUGACAGAAGUGCACCUAUCAUUGAAAAGGCUGGAGGUCGAGGUGGCAGUGGUGGAGGUGGUGGUGGCGGAGGCGGAGGUGGAGGUGGAGGAGGAGGAGGAGGAGGAGGAUUUGGAGGUGGUUCUGGGCCAAUGGCCAUGGGAGGAUUGUUCAGUGGAGGAGUGCCUAAACUGCGACCAGUCGGAGACAGCUCUGUAGGACGGUCAGCGCUGCGGCCGCCUGGCUCUCGCCCUGCGGUCCCUCGUGGCACGAGUCAUUCUGAACCGGACGGAUCCGGUCGUGGUGAUGGAGGCCACCCCUCACCUCAAGAACAGUCACGAAAUCAACGUCCCUCUGUGCCAGACAUCUCCAAACCGUCUGUUGCCAGCAGCUGCUCAAAACCCACCAGCUCCGCCCCGCCUCCACCCCCGCCAUUCAAUCGUGGGGGCAACCGCGGGCCCUCCUCAGCCCAACAGGGUUCUGGGGCACACAGCCGUGAGAAACCCCUUCCACCACCACCUGCAAGCAAGGGGCCUCCACCGCCGCCAUCUUCUGCUCGGGAUGGGCAUCCUAGACACCCCCCUCUUUCAUCUCGCUCCUCUUCAUCCUCCUCCACUUCCUCAAACGCACCUCCACCUCCUCCUCCUUAUCGUCAGCCGACUAAUGCUGCAAAUGGUGACCCGGCCCCCGAGUUGCCACAGAGGCGAAACUCGCUGAACAAGAGAAGCCAUGGCAAUGCUAACGUCCGUAGCCAGGCUCCUCCUCCACCCCAUGCCCAGCAGAACAGACGACCCCCGCCACCAUCACGAGAUCCAGUGGUGCGCAGCACAGCUCCUCAGGUUCCUCCUCCUGCAAUUCGUAACGGGGUUCGAGAAACACCACCCCCUCCGCCUCCUUAUCGCGGAGGGCCACAGACGUCUUCUGAACCCCCUAGUCGAGGGAAGCCCCCUCCUCUGUCCUCUGCUGGACGUCAGCAUUCAGGACACGCACCUCCUCCUCCUCCACCUCUCCGCAAUGGACAUACAUCAUCUGCCCCCAGGUCCUUUCUUGAUGAUUUUGAGUCCAAGUACGACUUCCACCCUAUAGAGGACCUUCCCCCACCUGAAGAAUACAGACCCUUCCCGAAGAUCUACCCCAGCCAAAGCAACAAGGCUUUAGUGAGAGGUGCUCCUCCACUGCCUCCUGUUGGAGGGAAGUGAACACUGUUCAGGGAAGAGAAGGACCAAGACAAGAUAUAGAGAUACAUAUAUACGCAUAUGCAGUAGAUAUUUAUGUGUGUCUGCCACACAAACAUUAAUUGCACCUACAAAUACAUCGGAUAAUGUGACAUCUUCCUUAGGGCAACACUAUAAACACCUACAUGAUCUCUGAUCCAAACCACUCCAGAAUGCUGUACCUCUAGACCUGAAAAUACUGUGCAAUAUUCCUGUGCUGCCUAGAAAUGCACCUUUUAAUAUCGUGUCAGAUGACAGCGGCACAGCAAUGCGAGAGCAGACAGUUCUCCAGUUCAUAUGAAGCUAGAUGUGUACAUUCCACCGGUUUCCUACAGCAACCAAAGAUUUUUAUUCAGUGAGAAAAUGUGUAGCACUUGUGGAUUAACGAUGACUAUGCAUAUAAGACACAAAGUCUGUGUUUCUCUGGACAAUCAUGUAGUUGUAUGUAUUUUUAUUCUUAUUUUUUCUUUCCAAAUCAGUCAAGAAUGAGAUCAAUUCUGAAAGUGUUUGCUUACACUACAAA